UCCAGCUCUGCAGAAACCACUGAUGAUACCAGCAGAACUGAGGCUUGGCGAGAGAGCUGAUAUCAUAUGCACCCUCAGAAGAGGAGAUCUACCUGUGACAUUUAGGUGGUACUUUAAUGGCAGGGAGAUCAGAGGAGAGGAACUUGGGAAGGUUACAUCGUAUGAUGUUCGUUCUUCCGUCUACCUGAUGGACAAACUACGAGCGGAAAAUGUCGGUAAUUACACAUGCAUGGUAUCCAACGCUGCUGGUUCUGACACAGCGUCUGGCCAACUUUUGGUAGAAGUUCCGCCGGUGUGGGUUGAAGAGCCAAGAGACAGCGAGGUGGUGCUAGGUUCGCAGGUGCUCCUCACCUGCGCAGCUACAGCUCAUCCCCCUCCCCGCAUCACCUGGAGGAAGAUACAAGGCGAGAAUGGCGGAGGAGCUACUCCUGGAGUGAGUAGCAGUGAAGAGGGAUCAACAUUUCUUUACUCUAGCCCUCGAUGGGUUGUGUCUGCCAAUGGGUCCUUAUUAAUCAGCAAAGCACAAGAGACGGAUGCAGGAUUGUAUGCAUGUCAUGUUGAAAAUGGAAUUGGACCAGGCAUCAGCAAAAACAUUGCGCUCAAAGUGAAUGUGCCGCCCAAAGUUUCAGUGCCCAAAGGUCAACUAGCAAUCCGUAAAGGAGAAGCUGCACGUUUGGCCUGUGACGUCACCGGCAAUGGGCCAAUCAACGUCAAGUGGGUCAAGAAACAAAACGUCAUCGAAAUCCAUCCAGGAUCUAGAUUCGAAGGAAAUCAAAGACGUAGUGGUACUUCGGCAUAUUCGAAGCAAGAACAGUACACAUUUGAACUCUUGGUGAGGGAUAGUCAACAAGCUGACGGGGGAACGUACUACUGCAUCGCAAGAAAUGACUAUGGGGAGCACAGAGCUGAGAUCACUCUGGAUGUUUUAGAGCCGUCCUCAUCGCCGAGGGGAGUGAGGAUCACGGAAAUCACGAGCCGUUCCACCCGUGUCUCCUGGCAGCCCCCUCUGCCCAGAAACAGUCCUGUCCUGAAAUAUCACGUCCGGUACUGGAAGAAUGGAGGAAUUGCUGGUAAGCAAUUGCACCAAGUGGUUCUUGGUGGCAGCGAAACAUCAACGUACCUAGAAGGUUUACACCCUGGAACUUCGUACUCCGUACAAGUACUUGCAGAGAAUGGCGUCGGUCUCAGCGAACCAUCUCAGCUCAGGCACGUGCAGACAAAGGAGGAAGCUCCUAGUGGAGCCCCGACAGAUGUCCAUGCUCAUCCAAUAGGGUCCAAGCAGAUUGAAGUCACAUGGAAACCUCCUCCAUCCGAAUCAUGGCAUGGUGUACUGAAAGGAUACUAUUUAGGGUACAAAGUCACCUCUUCCCCCUUGGCGUACGUGUACCACACGACAACGGAUCCAACUGGACGUCGUUUUCGCAUUAAAGGCCUCCAGAAAUCAACAUCCUACAGCAUUGUGGUGAAAGCUUACAAUGGAAUAGGAUCUGGCCCAGAGUCGCAACCUGUUGAAGUGAAGACGAGAGAAAGUGACCCACCUUAUCCUCCGAGUUUUGUCAUCACCGAUGUGACAUCCUCCAGUGCUUUGGUCCAAAUGAAAUCAGAAGACAUGUCUCCAGUCUUGCAAUACAUCCUAGAAUACCGUCGGCACAAUGAAGAAUGGAACCCAAUCCACGUUCCGAGAGACAAAUCCUCUUUUCAACUGAGUCGGCUGGACAAUUCCAUGACGUACGAAGUUCGGUUGGCGGCUUACAACGAGCAUGGUAGAGGUGAAUUCUCCUCCGCUUUGGCUUUCACAACUACAGAACGAGAAACAAAUAUCGGAUUUCGAUCGUCGGAAGAAGAUGUACCAUUCUAUUUCCGGCAUUACUUCGUACUCCCAGUGGCAGCUUCUGUGGUCGUUAUAGUUACCACUGUUGUGUUCGCAUGGGUCUGCUACAAAAGAGUAGUUUUCAGGCAACACAGGCAUUUAGUUUUGCAACAGCAGUUAGCAGGGCACCUACCAGACGGACAAUUAACGAUCCAUCGUGAUGGUUACAUACGACCUCCGACGUACAGCCCACCAUCCACAAGACAUGGAGUAGUGACUUCCACAUCCAUAGUAGGCAUCCUCAACCCCGAAGAUGGUUAUGAUGCUCCUUGGGAUGUCAAAAAAGCGCAACAACAGCAGCAGCAACAACAACCACAUCCACCUGACCCGCAAUCUGGGAGUUACACUCGUCUGAAAAACAGGCCACCGAGUGGCGAAAUAAGAAGACUCAGCAACACAGAGAGUAGCUGCUGAAUUAAACAUUUCAGAAUUUAGAAUGAUUUUUUGCGUAAUUUAAGAUGCAAAUAGAAUACUGAACGUACACUUCAAACAAAUAUUAUUAGAUAUAGAAGAUUUUUAAGAAACGUAAAAUUGAAAACAAAAUUAACUGAAAAUAAUAAUGGCAAUUUUCAAACAAAGUUUCAAAAGCAUUAUUGCUAUCAUGACAAAUAAGUGACAGUUUGUAUAACUUGGAGGACGGAAAGACGCGGGACUUUAAGCCAUUUUAUUUGAUUUCUUAGAAUUUCAAAAGAGCUCUAGUAAAAAGGAAACAAGUAGGUUGUUAGAUUUUCCUUUCCAGUAAAACGUUGGAUUUGUGGGAAGGGAAACUCAAGUACUGAGUAAAUCAAAACCUUCUUCUUUAAAAUUUUAUUAUUUUAUUGCUAUGCCAAAAGAGCAAACAAUCGAUAAUUUCCUAUGCAUUAUUAUUACCCUAAAAGAGCAAACAAUCGAUAUUUUCCUAUGCAUUAUUAUUACCCUAAAAGAGCAAACAAUCGAUAAUUUCCUAUGCAUUAUUAUUACCCUAAAAGAGCAAAUAAUCGAUAUUUUCCAAAAGUCUUUUGCUUCGAAAGAAAUAUCUUUCCUGCGCUUUCAUGUUUCUUUCUGAUCAUUUUGCUGCUUCUUAAUUUACAAAUAAGUUUAAGGAAUUUCUUUGAGCGCAUUUUCUUUAAAACAAUAAUAAGGAAACUAGGACCUAGUUUUGUAUUUUUAAAUUUAUUUUCAAAAGAACUUUUGAGGAUAUAUUAUUUUUUUGUGAAUAAACUUUUUAUAUUAUUAAUCACAAGAUAUAAACAUAAAUAGCUUGAUGCAUUGUUUGAAGUAAGUUCGUUCUUUUUAUCUAGAAGAUAAAUUUUAUAUGAUCUUGAAUGCUUCGAAAAUCGCAGCAGAAGUUCAAAAGUUUAGCAUUCUCAGACAGUAAACUAAUUCGAUAUAUUUUACAUAAAAAGGGUAUCUGUGAAUGUUAUGGAAGAUCCCAUCUAGUUAAUCCAUACAUUUGUAGAAUUAAAUGUUGUUUCUUUUGUUAAAUUGAAUAGAAAUAAGAAUCAAGAUUAUAACAUUUUCCAUGUUUUCAAAAUUUCUUUUAUAAAUGUUUUCAAAAUGUAUUUUAUCAUACAUAGUAUCAAUAUGGCGUACUAAAAAGCGUUCUUUUUAAUUAAUGUCAUUCGACUUUUUAAUUUUAGUUUGAAUGCGUAAAUUUAAUAAUUGUGAAACUGUAAAUAUUUUGAGCAUAAAAAUUCUGAACUUUACGUACUGUUAAAUGUUGUGCCAUUACAAUGUUAUUCAAAGGCCAUGUGGAUUCGAGCAGUAUGAUUCAGUGAAACAAAAUGCUGUACUGUUUGUCUUUACGUUUCUAAAAUGCUUUAAAGUUACAAAAUCUCGUUAAUAUGUUUAAAAAUGCUUUUUAAAAAUUUUUACAAAAUUUAGGGAAUAUUCUGUUGAAAAAUCAAAUAUAUUUCUGUUACAUGAUUUGUUGCUAAAUAAUUCGAAGGAAGAUGUAAAAGCUAUUUUGCUGCCAAAUAAGGUAGCCUUUUUUUUGCAAAAGUAGAUUGUGGGUGAGAUUAAAUAUAUAACUGUAACAAAUUAGGAUUGGUGACUAUGUUAUAACCUAAAAUUUUUAAUUUUCGAAAUAUAUUAGCAACAAGCUUCGGAUCUUUUUAUGAAUUCUGGCAUUUCUUUUUGCAUUUUAUUUGUCAAAAUUUAAUCUGUCAAUGACAAAAAGAAUAUUUUGUGUUAUAAGGUAAUUUAAAUAAAAUUAGCUGAAUAUUUUCCGUUAACCAAAUAUCAAGAUGUUUUCUAAUAAUUUUUAUUAGAACUUUUCAAUAUUUGUAAGCACCAAAAUUAACUAUUAAUCAAUACUGAAAUAAUUUACUCCAUCUCAAAUUUCUUUUCGGAAGAAGCGAAUUCUGUUAAAAAAAGUUCACCAUUUCAGAAUUCUAGGCAAACUAGAAAUAUCUGUUUCACGGCUUACUUCUUUUGCAGAUUCUAAUUAUCUAGAGUGCCAAAAUUUGUAAAUAACUUAAAAUAAUGUUACUAAGUGUUUUUGUUAAUGAACUAGGUCUUCCCAUGGUAACUUUGCAGAGGAACUCUGGAUGAUGUUACCUUUAAAAAGCUCUUAAUGAGCUCAAUUUUAGACGGCCUUCUCGGGAAGAAGUAAACAACUUGCAAAACGAUUAAAUGGAGUAAACUGCGUGAUGUUGUGUUCUCGAACAAUUUUCCAGAAUAGAACGUAAUUUGUAUAUAGCAUUUCUUAUAAAUAAAAUCUGUCCUAUAAAUACGUAACUUAAUUUUAAGAGAAAGUUUUUCAUUAUAAUAUUCAUUUAAAAAUAAAUUUCUAAACUAAAUCUUACGAAAAGAAAUCGCUAACAUUUUUCGAUAUUAUAAUUAAUCUUUUUUAUUCUACUGCAGAACUUAGCAUUUCAGUAAAACUAUGCGUAACAGAGUUCUACAAGGUUUAGGUUAAUAUUUUAUUAAUUUAAAUAUACUUGCUUAUUUAUCGUUCACUCAAGAACUAACUAAUAGUAAGCAUAGCCAAGUAAAUUCAAGCUAAGUUAUUAUUACGAUUAUGACUGGUGAAGAUAGGAAGCUUAUUUUGCAAUUUAAUGAAGCAGCCUACACGGUCCAAACAGAUGAUCUCGAUUUAAAUCACAGAAGCUUCAUAUAAGGCGUCUAGAACUUAAUAAAGAUACUUGUGAUUAACCACUCUGACUAUCAUCAGCUUUUAAAUUAAACUCAAACAUAGGUACUUGCUAUUCAAAGGCGUUGUGUCAGAUUGUUUGAGAAACCACCGAGUUCAGACAUAGACAAUAACAAAAGCCAGGAUUUCUGCAUGAAAUUCAUUCAACUGGCAAAAAGUUAUCUAUUAACUGUCCUCUUUCUUUGGCUCUCCAUCUACAGUUAGACGUCUAUUUUUCUUAAAUACCAACUCUAUUUGCAUACUUAUGGGAAAACACCGAGUUGGAAAAGAAAAUUAAAAGAAGCAAAAUUGAACCUAAGAAUAGAUCCAUCAAAUUAAAACCUUACCAUCUGUAAAUAAUAAAAUUUUUAUGAACCACUGAUUUUUUUUAAUAUCAGUAAAUUUACUCGACUAAAAAUUUGCAUUUUUUAUUACAAGAAUUUUUUCCCAUCACUAAACAUGUGAAUUACGCUAUUUAAUCUCUGGUGGACUCAGUUUCUACUUUAAAAUUUAACUGCGUCAUAUAAUUUUAAAUUCAUUCAAGAGAUGAGCAUGAAAAAAAGUUUUCAUAAGCUUAUUAAAAACGAUAUGCAUAAAAAUAUUUAUAUAAUUUACUAUAAAUUAAAAUUCUGUAUUGAUUCAAGUAUUUUUCUUACAAACUUCCUGGCAUAACAAUAGUAAUUUAUUAUGUAAAUUUUAGUAAUUAAUAAUAGUAAUCAUAAUCAGCUUAUUAAAAGCUUUUUAUACAAUUUGAUAUGAAUUUCGUCAUUCCUAGUUGGGUCCAAAUCUAUCGCUACAGGAAUGAAAAACACACAUUGUACGCAGACUCCAUUUAUUCUUUCAAAUGCAAACUGUAGGUAGUCCGAUGCGUAUAUCGGUUUCAUACAUAUGGACGGUUUCUAUACGAUUUCCGUAAACUCACCAGUUUUUUAAUUCCUUGCACAAAGUAUUAUUCCAAUGUUGUAAAUUUGUUCUCUCGCGUUUUCGUUACUUUUAUAAUUUUGAUACUGACUUUAAUGGAAUGUUAUAUAUGAAGUGACCAAAACUUGGGAACAAACAUAUCGGUGAUUCUUCAAUUAAACCAUAUACUAUUUUUUAAAUAAAUGUAAUGCUGUUUCAAUGCUGUCUGAUUAGUAGUGAUAUUAGUUAAGUUUAAUAGCUUAUUAAAUAAAGACCUAUUAAAUUUCUCAUUUUUUUAUCAUGCGUAUAUUCAUCUACACAUGGAUGAAAACCCAAAAAUCAAUUUAAUUUCACAAAAAUCAUUCAGAUAUUUAGCUUUCUUUGUCAUUUAAAAUUUUAGCUGCAUAAGGUAUUUUCUUCCUCCUUUCAGCAUGGCCUUCGUGUAAGGGUAACACACU